AUGGACUACGUUACCCGAGGGGUCUGCGGUCAAGAAGGAUGCCGUGAAAGGCGCUACUACAUCGACAAUGGUCUUUGGUAUUGUCGACGCGGCCAUUUGCAAGAGGGUGUUCAAGUCGCAGAAGAUGGCGAUGAUUUCGGGAACUUAGGUAAAGUUCAUCGCGUGAAGAAAGAAAUUAGAGAGAAAUCAACAAAAACUCUACAUGGACGUCCGGCGUGGACGCUUUUCUUGCAAAUUUACCAACUCAUUCUUUGGAAGCAAUCUCAUGCUUUGGUUCAUGAUCAUGGCUUCCCAGAAGAAUUAGAGAUCGUGGUUCGUGAUCUCUGGGCCCUGCGACUUCCAGACUAUAAGUUGAAGAUCACCGAUUCCAAUGAAGACGAAGAUGUCGAUACCGACCGCGAGGUGUUUAGCUCCCAGGUCAUCCAGAGUGAUGAUUCUGAGGUCGGGUUCAAGCCAAACUCAAGAUUUGUCGAAUGGCCCCGUCUCAUCGAUGCCGUGGGACUAUGCUACAUCGCAGCGCUAUUGAUGCGGGUUCCUGUUUGUGUAAAUGACUUUUACGACAUGAUCAUACAACAGCAAAUUCCUUUUACACGCGUGACCGCAAGCGUACCUCCAGAAAUGAGAGAAAAGCUUCCACCCGAGCUAACUGGAAUUCUUGAGAGUAACAAACUCCCCGAGGUCGGGCAUCUCCAUAACGCUGUUCAAGCAUUAUCUUUGUUUUAUCAACGCCGCUUUGAAGUGGUACUUCCUCCUCUCAAUUGGCCUGUACUUCUCUUUCGGCAUAUCAAGAGAUUGGCCUUACCUAUCGAGGUGUAUGAUGGCGUCAAAAAUCUGAAAAAUCUAUUAAAUGUCACGUUCGAGUAUCCCAAGCCAAAGGCGACCAUUGAGCGAAAGAAAUCACAUCAUUACCCUGAUGUGGAGUUGGUUGUGCUCAUCGUUAUUGCCACCAAGCUUCUGUUCCCCUUCGAUGAUGUAAAAAGAUAUCCUACCACCAACAUGGAGCCUGCAACACAAAUCAUGGACUGGUCACAAUGGGCACUUGCACAAACGGCUUUUGACUCUGAUUCAUACUUCAAAGAGAACAUCGGGAAGGAUGCUGCAGUCCGUAUCACAGAUAGUGAUGUGCUGAAUAUGUCCACCGACCAAUUGGACCACUACAUGGAUUGGUACGCAGAUAGCUGGCUGGAUACUUCGGCAGCCCCGGGUCGUCUCGCUGAGAUGUUCCCCAUCCAACGGGGUGACGCCCAGCCAAACUCUACAAUCGAUCAUGGGCCUCCUUCUGAUCCAGCUGUCGCACCUGACACAACACAAAAGAAACUUGAUACGUUGCUACACGAAGUUAUGCAGAACAUCAAACCUAGACGAGUCAUCCCUGGGGACAACGAAGAGCCCAAGCGCCCCGGCGAAGUCUACCGCCGGUACCGAUGGGAAUCCCAGCUCAGUGGCACCGCACGGACUUUUUACGAAAUUGCUGCCCAGCUCGCUGCAGUUCCGUUGAAAACAUUAGUCCGUGCUGUGACACUCGCUGAAUACAAGAUUGCUAAGAGCGACGAGAGGCGACAGCGUCGGGAAUUCUUCGAAAACCAAGGUGUGGAGGUUGAUGACAGUGACGCCGAUCAAGAUCUUGAGAUCGAGGAUAGUGAUGAGGAUCAGGAAUUUUGA